UCGGGGACCGAGCUGUAUACCUCUGCUCAAUGUGGCUUGCUGUGGCCUCAACUGAGCGGCGUUUUGCUUCCAUGCGGGACAGUGGUCGGCGAGAAGACAAGGCCUAGGACUUGGUACACCGUUGCUGUUAGGAGACUGUCGGGAAAUAUAAGGAUGUUCCAAACACCUUGUCUUUCGUUCCUUACCAGCUCACAGUCGCUUGCUUUACCUUGUCUUUAUAAUUUAUUGUUCAUAAUCUUCUCGGUCAUUACUUACCUCAGCUGCCAUGAUGGUCGCUACUAAAUCCCUGGCAUUGCCACUCAUCGCUCUAUGUUCGAUAGCAUCAUCGACACCAUUGGAACCGCGUCAUGCCGCACCCGGCCUUAUCGAUGGCAUUCUCAAUGGCGUUCUCACGGGCAUUGAACAGCUCAUUGCGGAUGUCUUGUCUGGUAAAAAGUCACCUAUCGACAACACCAAAACGAACAAGCCCUUGACCUGCUCAUUGUUCAGCGUGGACAAAUGUUGCGUUUGGUACGAUGUCUCUGCCGAGCUUACCAACUUGUUUGUCGGGGCUGACAAACAAUGCAACGACAACGCUCGUGCCGCAGUCCGUAUGGGCUUCCACGAUGCUGGGUCUUGGGAUAAAAAUGCUCUCAACGGUGGUGCCGAUGGAUCGCUGCUCAUGGAAUUCGGCGAGCAAGACCGACCAGAGAACAACGGCCUUCAGAGUAUUCGCAAAGUACUCCAGGGCGUACAGUCCAAGUACAAGGUCGGGUACGCUGAUCUCGUUCAAUAUGCGCACAAUCACGCAACAAUCUCGUGUCCGAAGGGGCCCCGCGUACUUACAUUCGUUGGUCGCAAGGAUGCGACAAAGGCCGCGCCCAAAGGACUCCUACCUGACGUUCAUCAAGACGCCGACAAAUUGAUCGCCAUCUUCAAGGACAAAGGUUUCUCGCCCCACGAUCUCGCAGCACUCGUAGGCGCCCAUGCAACAGCCCGCCAACGAUUCGUGGACAUUCGCCCAGAGGUUGUUAACAAGCCCCUCGAUACGACCCCCGGUGUCUGGGACGUCGAGUUCUACAACGAUACUCUCAACAACCCCUCGGGCGGCAGUGCUGACCAGAAGGUCUUCGUACUCCCAAGUGACAAGGUGCUAUCGGUACAUCCCAAGAUCAACGAUGAGUGGAAGAAGUUUGUCGGUAACCAGAUCCAUUGGAACCUGGACUACGCGAAGGCUUACAUCAGGAUGAGUCUUCUGGGUGUGGAAAAGAAAGACUUGAUAAAGUUGGUGGACUGCACGAGGACACUGCCCGUUAGCAGGCCCUCGUUCCCUUAGUGUACAUGAUUUAGAAUACCCCUACGCGCAUCGCAAUUUAAUUCAAUAAUUACUAUGACAAGAUGUCUUCGUGUCGUAUGCGUGUUUGCCACGUGCGCGUGUAUGUGAAGUGUCGACUAGGUAAGACCUCGGGAGCCUUGGAGGGCCCCUUCAGGGACCGCACCUUGAGAGGAUCGCUGAAUAUGGAGUUGAAUAGCGGCAAUAACCUGGACUCAAAACCAUCGCAUGGGGAAAAUUUAGACGAUGCAUUUGGUGCGACCCCUUUCAGUUAUCACGCUUGGCAAAAACCUUAUUGUGUCG